AUCUUUUGUGACGCCUCAAGAGCAGUCUUUUUCUCGCACUGAAGUACGCUUCUGUUAGUCUGGUUGAAUAUUUGGGGGCGUAAACAUUGGCAGAGAGCUUUACACACCUGAAGGCGUAUUUUAUAAUUUUUAAAAUUACUCGUACACAAACUUGCCUAUGAAAAAUUUCUAUACUGCUCUUGGCGCAAGGAGACACAGCUGAUUAGAGCGAAGUGAAACAACACGAGCUAACAAGUAAUUCACGAGGGAUUGGAACUGAUGGAUCCUCAUUUUCUAACACUCGUUAUUCUAACAACAGCCACAAUCAAGGGAACAAGAUCGUUAGAAUGCCAUCAGUGUAAUGCCACCUUGUUAGCAUUCAAUUGUCUGAGAAAUUCCAGUAUUGAGAGCUGCUCACAAGGUAGCGAGUCAGUUUGCAUGAGUAUUAAUGCCUCGGUGACAGAUUUAAAGGGAAACAAGUCAAAUUUGUUCUUAAGGCAAUGUUCGUCGAAAAGAGAAUGUUACUCGCUCCAGCCCUGCAGAGAUAUCAAAACUCACCUGUGGAGAGAGAGGCCCGGGCUACUUGUAGAGCCCAGCUGCCGCCCGGAAUGCUGUGCCACUGAUCGUUGCAACCAUCGUGUAGGAACACUAGAUUUGAAUAAAUCAAGCACCCGUAAAAUUAUACCGACAUCAUCUGGACGGAAAACUUCAAAAAAGUGCUUCGAAUUCGAGCCAAAAACUAAUAUACAACUAGAAAUCGGAAGCACUAAUGGUGGUCGACUAAUGAGGAAACAUAAAAUUUUCGUAUUGCUAUCAAUAUUUCUCUUGCUAACUUCACUGCCUUUUUAAAAACAGUAUUCAAAAAUGAACUGCUGGUGCAAAGCCGGAAUACAUAUUUUCGAUGUUUGCACACACUUACUUUUUUCAAAUUGUCCACACAACGUGUGUUCACAAAAAUUUUGGAAAUGAACAUAAAUCUGAGAUCAUCCUCCAAUUUGAAGUCAUCGAAGUCUUGCAAAACAUAUUUACUGUUCAACGACUCUUUAAAGAAGGUAUACACUAUUUGAUGCAGAGUAAAUCAAAUUUACUCGUUGAUAUAUAUAAUAUAUGAAUGGUUUUUACUGUUCAGGUACGUUAAACAGGGGUCAUUUGAUGUAAGUUCCAUGAAAGUGACAUGGCUUCACAAGAUUGCAAUUUAAAAUUUUUUAAGCAGAAAUAAAGAUUGAAAGAUCACUGUCUGUGCA